AGUUAGUACUAUCAUCAUCAUCAUAUUUGUUUCAAAAAUGGCGCUCUCUUCACAUGUUUCGUGUGGAAACGCGUGUGACAAGCUAGACGAGCUUAAUCCGUCGGAACUUGGGACAAAAACUUACUGGGAAGAGGCAUAUCAAAAUGAGCUGAGUAACUUCACAAGUCAUGGUGAUGUUGGUGAGGUGUGGUUUGGCAGCAAGAAUGAACAUCGUGUCACCACAUGGAUGCUGCAGCACGCUGAGAAGGCAAGCCAUAUUGUGGACAUUGGUUGUGGAAACGGCCACCUUCUUGUACAUCUGGCCAAGGAAGGCUUCACCAAUCUGACGGGAGUUGACUUCAUUGAGAAUGCAGUGAUUCUUGCAAGGAAACUGGCAGCCAAGGAGGCAGUUUCUGUCCUUUUUGAAGUGGGUGACGUUCUGGAACAGAACCUGUCGUGUGCCUGUUUCUCAAGGAAAUAUGACUUCGUCUUGGAUAAAGGAACAUACGAUGCCAUCAGCCUCUGUCCAGACAAUCCACAAGAAAAGCGCGCGCGUUACCUUCAAGUUGUGUCCCAAAUUCUAGAACCUGGAGGCCGCUUCGUGAUUGUGUCAUGCAACUGGACACAAGAAGAGCUCACAAAACACUUUGAGAAAGAGCUAGUGCUGGUGGAUACCAUACCCACACCAACAUUUUCAUUUGGCGGCAGCAAAGGGAAAUCUGUCAGUGCGCUGGUCUUUGGUUGCAAGUCUGCCAUUGAAAGACCUUGACAUUUCUAUGCUUUU